CGUUGUAAACAAUCGACGUCACUAACCAACGUAGGAUAAAAUUUUGUAGUACGUCGCGAAUAUAACGUGCAAUAAAUGCAAUAAAAGGGCCGCUGGCGAGUAUCGGAACGAUUGAUAGCAGCCAACCGUAGUGGGGCCAGCAUCUGAGGCAGGGAAUCCGUGAAUCCGGCGGAGUAAACAGGCAGAACCGUAAAAGCGAGUAGUUUCCAUCCGCACACGGACACGGCGCAGACACACACAGGCGCACGCAGCCCGUGCACAUCGAUGAAAUAACAUACAUAACGAACGUAUACCGAAAAUACACAAGUUACGGGCAAUAGCAGUUGCACAAAUCGGACGGAUAAGCGAAACUCGGAGUGUGGAGCAUCCGGGACUCAAACAUGUCGGAUAUCAUGAACAUCGACAGCAUUAUCUCGCGUCUGCUGGAAGUGCGCGGUGCACGACCGGGCAAAAAUGUGCAGUUAUCAGAAAGCGAGAUCCGCAGUCUUUGCCUCAAGUCCCGCGAGAUAUUUCUGUCCCAGCCCAUUCUCCUGGAAUUGGAGGCACCGCUAAAAAUUUGCGGAGAUAUACACGGACAAUACUAUGACCUCUUGCGCCUGUUCGAAUAUGGCGGCUUUCCGCCGGAGUCGAACUACCUGUUUCUGGGCGACUACGUCGAUCGCGGGAAGCAGUCCCUGGAAACGAUAUGCUUGCUGCUUGCCUACAAGAUCAAGUAUGCAGAGAAUUUCUUCUUGCUGCGUGGGAACCAUGAGUGCGCCAGCAUCAACCGCAUAUACGGGUUCUACGACGAAUGCAAACGUCGCUACACCAUCAAGCUGUGGAAAACGUUCACGGACUGUUUCAACUGCCUGCCAGUGGCCGCCAUUGUGGAUGAGAAGAUCUUCUGCUGCCACGGCGGCCUGAGUCCUGAUCUGUCUUCUAUGGAGCAGAUAAAGCGUAUUAUGCGCCCCACAGACGUGCCCGAUCAGGGACUAUUAUGCGAUCUGCUUUGGUCCGAUCCGGAUAAAGACACCAUGGGCUGGGGUGAGAAUGAUCGCGGCGUGAGCUUCACUUUCGGAGCAGAGGUUGUGGGUAAAUUUUUACAAAAGCACGAAUUUGACCUGAUCUGUCGGGCACAUCAGGUGGUAGAGGAUGGUUACGAAUUCUUCGCCAAACGACAGCUAGUGACGCUGUUCUCAGCGCCCAACUAUUGCGGGGAGUUUGACAAUGCGGGUGCCAUGAUGUCCGUGGACGACACAUUGAUGUGCUCCUUCCAGAUAUUGAAACCCGCCGACAAGCGACGAUUUGUUUAUCCCAACUUUGGCAGCUCAGGACGUCCCUUGACACCGCCACGUGGCGCCAACAAUAAAAACAAGAAAAAAUAAACGCUGCACACACUACGAACACACAAAAAGCAAAGCACAACAACAGCAACUACAAACGGCCACACACCCACACAAAAAAAGGGAAAAUGGAUAAUUGGAGUCCGUGUCCACAUUCAGCGGAAGGAGCAGACAAUUUGUUUUUAUCGAAUACGUGUAAUCGAAUCGUGAGCAACGUUAUAAGGAGUAUAUGAAUCUACACAAAUUAGCCUAUUUUUCAUUUGAAAGAAAAUCAUAAACAAAAAAAUGAAAACGAAACGAAAGAUGGAAAAAAAAAACACAAAUCGAGACACUUUAGUUCAAACUAAUGGUAGUGUAAGACACUGCAUAAGCAAGAAUAUUUUAUCUCCUAAUGUAUUAAUUUUGUUAUAGUUUUUUCUCGCCUAAAGCCCCCACAUACACACUGACACACACACACACAUGCUUAGAUCACUCGUACAGUAGGUACGACAAGUGCACGCACCGGUUGUAUUUUAAUUUGCAUUUCUAUCUCGCACAGCAUUUUGUUUAAGCCUACUUUCGCGGCACUUUCAUCAACUUUUGGCAAAGGUUUUCAACCACACUUUUCCGUUCUUCCUUCUGUUUUGCGUAUCUAAAAGAAUAAUAGCAAAUGGUAAAUAUGUUAACUUUUACGUUAAAUAAACUGUACGAGAAUGCUUUUAAAUGUGAGUUGAGCCAACUACAUAUUACAUAUGUACUCGAUGCACGAUUUAUUUUUGUAAUAUUGUCAUAGAAAUUUUACAUCGAUACAUGUUUACUUAGUUUUAAAAAUGAGGAAAGCAAUUUAAGUUGCAAGCUACAUAAGUUUGAAUUGUUUACACCAAAAAUAUUAAAAUAAACAAAUAUUGUGAAUA